AACAGAAAGAACAGCUUUUAACUUUUUUUGAGCGCCUCUUUGAAAAGAUCAAAUCGGAUCUAAAAGAAAAACAAAACACAGAUAAUCAAGUAUUCACAGAUUGUCUGAAAGAAUUGACAGCUCUGAACAAGGAUUUGCAGAAAAAGAUAGCAUGGAUGAGUAAUUUAGAGAAAAAUAAUCAAAAUUGUGAAAUUUUCAUUUUUAUGAAAGACACACAAACAUUAUUAAAAAAUAUGAAGAGUGACAUGGAGAAACUUUCCAGAAAUGGACAAGAGACGGCUGUCAGAUACGAUCGAUCUAUAGAGAUUGAAGAAAUUAAAGACGAGAUUGAAGAUGUUGGAUAUCUGGUAUUCGGUGAAUCUGACAAGAAUAAGACAGAGGUCGAUUCGAAGAAAACAAAGAUGGAAAAGGUAAUCAACAGUUUAAACCGUGAAAAUCAGGAUCUCAAGAAUGACAUUGGUAGGAUGCAGGCUGAAGUGAAUCACCUUUGCAAACAAAAUACCCAGUUAAAAACACAGGUAGACAAAGAAAAAACGGUAUUGAACACCGAGAUUCAAAACCUCAAACAAGGCUAUGAAGCAAG